UUAACGGUCCGAGUCAAGAAACGGGACUAUUUCUGCUCCGCUCGACAAACUCCGUCUGAGUUUUGUUGAGUUUUCUCUGCCACGCUCAAACCGGAUUAAAUUACGCAUUGCACCUUUAAGAAGCUGUCGCCGGGAUUAGAAUUACGCACGGCGAGCCAAGUCUCCCUGUGGAGCGCUUUUACGCACCGACGGUAUCCGGAGGACAUUUCCCCCUCUGCGCCUCCUCUCCUCCUCACACCACAGUGGCCAUGGCCGAGAUAGGGAAAGGGGUCACCGCCGGGAAGCUGGCCAUCAACGUCCAGAAGAGGCUGACCAGAGCGCAGGAGAAGGUCCUGCAGAAGCUCGGCAAGGCGGACGAGACCCGAGAUGUCGCCUUCGAGGAGAUGGUUUCCAGGUUCAACCAGCAGAUGGCAGAAGGCACCAAACUGCAGAAAGACCUGAAAGCCUACCAGGCAGCAGUGAAAACGAUGCACGACGCGUCACGGCGGCUGCAGGACUGCCUCGCCGACAUGUACGAGCCCGACUGGUUUGGCAAAGAGGAAAUGGACUCGCUGGCAGAGGAGAUGAUAGAGAAGGAGAUGGACAAUAACUUGGAGGACACAGACACUCUGUGGCUGGAGUACCAGCAGAACAUCACGGACAAGUCCCUGCUGUGCAUCGACACGUACCUGGCUCGGUUUCCCGACAUCAAGGCUCGCAUCGCCAAGCGGGACAGGAAGAUGGUGGACUUCGACAGCGCCCGGCAUCACUUCGGCUCCUUACAGAAAGGCAAGAAGAAAGAUGAGGCCAAGAUCGCCAAGCCAGCAGCCCUGUUGGAGAUGGCGGCUCCCAGCUGGGCUCAGGGUUUGAUAUCAGCCCACCAGGUGGCUCAGACUAACCUCUCCUACAACCAGGCGGAGGAGGAGCUGGGCCGAGCUCAGAGGAUCUUCGAGGAGCUGAACGUGGAACUGCAGGAUGAGCUUCCGGUCCUGUGGGACAGUCGUGUUGGCGUCUAUGUUAACACAUUCCAGAACCUGGCGGGUCAUCAGGAAAAGUUCCACAGAGAAAUGGGCAAGCUCACCCAGAACCUGAACGACAUCAUGACCAAACUGGAAGAGCAGAAGCAGCUCAAAAAAGAUGGCACUGCAGCAGCAAAGUCAGGAGACGAUGCAAAGAGUGAGGAAGCCAACCACAGCGAAUCAGCCAGCUCAGCACCAAAGGCGGUGCCGAGGCCCGGGCCUCCGCCCAGCCGACCUCCGCCCAGACUGACGCCGUCACCGGACCAGAGGCAGCAGCAGCAGCAGCAGCAGCAGCAGCAGCUGCCUGCCGGCUCGUUGGAGGAUGAACCCACAGAGUCGAGCACGAACUCCGUAACGCCACAGGCGCCGUCAUGGGACUCGUGGCAAGGCCAGUCCACAGCAGAGCAGGAAGCCGAGCACGGCGACGGCCACUACCGAGAGGAGGCGCAAGGCGGAUGGGAUUACAAUGACGGCUCCGCCCAGAGCUACGCCCAGCCGAGCUGGGACGACUCGGAGGCGGCUGAAGGUCAGGAGGGCUGGAGCGACGACCGAGCGUACGCCGCCCACUCGUACACGGAGCCCAGCUGGGAUGACGGCGGCGCCGAUGUGGGACAGGGUGGCUGGGGCGAUGAUGAGAGUGCAGUAACCAAUGGCUCAGAUGGUGAACUCCCUCCAGGAUUCCUCUACAAGGUAAAAGCAAUACACGACUACGCUGCUACUGACGGGGACGAGCUGGAGCUCAAGAUUGGUGACGUCGUGCUGGUUGUGGCCUUUGACAAUCCAGAUGAGCAGGAUGACGGCUGGCUCAUGGGCUUGCUGGAGUCUAACUGGUUGCAGAAGAAAGAUGUUUCAACCAAAGGUGUCUUCCCCGAGAACUUUACCCAGAAGGUUUGAACUGAAGGUCACGUCCAAGCUCCUCGGAUGGAAUCAGUCAUAUUUUGAAGAAAUGUCGAAACACAUCCUAAAAAUUUAUGAUUAGAUUCUGAAAUGUGCACUGACAGACAAGGAAUGACAGCAAAAGAUUUGUUUGUGCAGUUGAAAACAGUGCCAGUGAAGUCGGUGUGCUUAUCACAAGCUGUGUUAAAGUGAAAAGAUGAUCAGGAAUUCGGUUUGACCCCGCCUCUUUCACACUGUGACAGGAAUACCUGGAAUUAUUUGUUCUUGAUUCUGUUCUUUCCUGGCUAAUAAACACAAAACUGUCUGUUAAUCAAGAAUAAAUUGGAUAAGAUAAAGUCAUGAAUGUGCUGUGUGCACGUCAACAUGUUUUCUGUUCUGGCUUGUCAGUCGUCACAGUUCUUGCAUGCAGCAUUUCACUGUGAUUUACUUUGUAAUACAAUAACCAAUAUCACUCUGAACUAUGUUUGUGGACACAAUAUAUUUUGGAGGAAAAUAGAGGUUUCCCUGAAUUGAGCCCCCAUAAAAUGCCACAAGUACAUGUUCGGUUUCCAAAAUGUUGUCUUGCUUUGUCAAAGUCUGUAAGAGUUUUCUGGCUUGUAGGAUUAAAACAAGGGAACAGUAGUUUUUCAUUUAUAUGAUAAGCCAUUUUGAGGAUGUGACUUGUUGUGUGGCUUCAGUUUUUUAAUGUUUGUUUUAUUUUUCAUCUAUUCAAUGAUGGAUGAAUUGCUCAAAUCCAUGAACAAACCGAGUCGGCGAUUUCAUUUUCUCUUCAUCUGUUUUUGUUCCCACUGUGAUGAAUUCAUGGAUCUCUGCUGACUCUGUCACAAACCUGUGCAGAUGCAUUUUCUUUGUUCAAGCGGAAAUCUGGUUUUCAAUUCCAUCUCCAGCUCCUGUGCAAUCAACUAAAUGAGAGUCUCAGUCAUCUAAUAUUUGAACUCUGUCAUGCACAAACUAACAAAUGUAAUUUGCAAAUGUGUUUUUGCACUUUGUGGAAAAAUGGGGUAACUGCAACAUCACCUGAUGGAUCAAACCAGUGUCAUUAAAGAUGAA